GCAGGAUGUGAACGGUGCUAAUUUUCUUCUAAUUGUUCGAAUGACCUCUAAAUUCUUCUCAUGGACUGACAAGAAACAGUCAUGGGAUCUGAAAUCAGCAUCAGUCAGACGAAACUGAAGAGGGAUGUCYGUGAGAGCAUUUUUUUUUUUUGAACAGGUGGCUUGUUGAUGUUUCCCAGGACUGGCAGUUGGUGUCACAGGUGCUGCUUGAACUCCACAUCACUCUGCUUUGAGCAGUGAAGGUGAAGGGAGGGGAGGAGGAAGAGAGGGAUCAUUGGUCCUGUUGGCAGGGAGUCCUGUCCUGUCAAGGAUGUCUGUGAAAAGUGCAAAGAGCGCACCAGCAGACAGCAGACCACCGUCUGCUGCCAGUGCAUCUCCACGAGGAGGAAGGGCUGCAGCUGGAAAAUCGCCGGCGAUGGGAAGAUUCAAAAACAAGGCUCUUCAGCUUAGCCUCUCCAAGAAAUUCUGCACCAAGUCACCGUCCACCAAGGGAAAGGGCCCUGAUGCAGCUGAAGGCGGCCGGAAGGGUAAAAGGAGCCUCAGCAACAGCUCGGCGGUGGCAGCUGCCUACAUCUCCUUCCUAAAUAAACUUUUUGGGCAGGACAGAGAGCUGAUGCCAGGGGAGAUAGAUGAGCUGCAGGAGGCCUUUAAGGAAUUUGACUAUGAUGCYGAUGGAUUCAUUCAUUAUAAAGACAUCGCAGACUGCAUGAGGACCAUGGGCUACAUGCCUACAGAGAUGGAGCUCAUCGAGAUCAUCCAACAAAUCAAGAUGAAAUGGGGUGGACACGUAGACUUUGAUGAUUUCUGCGAGUUGAUGGGACCCAGGAUGCUGGCUGAGACCGCUCACAUGAUCGGCCUGAAAGAACUCCGCUGUGCCUUCAAACAGUUUGACUGCAAUGGCGAUGGGAAGAUCACAGUGGAGGAGCUGAAGGAGGGCAUGAAGACCCUCCUUGGGGAGAAGCUGAAGAAAGGAGAGCUAGAGGAGAUCCUCGGUGAUAUUGAUCUCAAUAAAGAUGGCAGCGUUGACUUCGAUGAGUUUGUUAUGAUGCUUUCUGCACGAUGACCUCCGAUGGAAGAAAAUGGAAUUGGAUUCCCAGUCAACUCACGMCUACGGUCCACAUCCUUCUGCUUUAAUCUUGUUUCUGUGGCUUUACAAUGCAAUUGCCGCCUGAUUAUGAAUCAAAACAACUUAGAGACAUCUCUUUGUGCCGUCAGGARAAACGUUGAGGCAGAGCAAGUGCAGUGGGUAAAGGGUGAAUUACGCAACACCCCACUGAAUGGAACAAUGCUGCAUGGUUGCCCCCGUGUGGCUCAGAGAUAUACAGAUUCAGCAAAAGAGAUGCAAGUCAUCAAAAUUGUAUUCUUUUUCUCAGAACUGAAGCCUGAACUUGAAGAUUUGCUUUCUCGUCAGCAUCUUACUGUGUGWGAGGUCAUACUGUAUUUUUCACUUUGUGUUUUAUUGCUCUGACUGAAGCUGUAUAUGUAACUUCUCCAACUUUUAAUUUUUGUAGACAUUGAGGCUACUUUUCUUCAAAAUAAUACAUACUUUGCUUGUUUUCUUCUGUUUAAAUAUGUGCAGACAACAAAAAUAAAACAGUAAUAUUGAAAAAAGUGCAUUUAUUAUUGCAAAUCCAUAACUUAAAACAUUUUAGCAAAAAAAAAAGCAAAAUUUGUCCAAAACUCCAUUGUACAAAUGAUUUCUAUUUAACACCAUAAACAUUUGUUUUUAUGCUUUUUUCUGAAAAUUUUAAAUAAAUUUUAAUUCUUAGUAGCUCAACUGAUAAAUAUAUAAAAUAAAACGUGCAUGCUAUGGCAAAAGGGGGAAUUCUAACCAAGACAAUGCAUUAUGUUUUCAAAAUCACAAUGAAGAAUGAUGUAAGGCGAACGUAGCUCCUCCCCRCUUAGAUGAGACUGCAGGCAUCCUCCUUUCUCCUCUAAGCAGACAGCAGCAUUUGAUGAUACUGAUUUUUUUCUUUUGACUUUCAUAAUACUGGGGGAAAAGCGUAUUCCUGAAAGUAUAAGGAUAAAUAAUCAUUUAUAAUUUUUUUUAAUUUAUGGAAAAAGAUUUAACAUAAGGAGAGUCAACAGAUGAACACUUUGACUGAAAUCAUCUUAUUUCAACUAAAUUUGUGGGUCUGUGGAGAUAAAAUCUUACUUAAUGGAAGAUAGGGUUUUGUGUUUAAAGAUUACUAAAAGCAAAAGAGAGGAGGACCAACUCUGAGGUGGUCACAGGAAGAUGAGUUUGAAUAAACAACAAUGUGAAAACAAAUGAAAGCUCCAAAUCACACUCUGAAGAACCUGGAAGAUAAGUGAAGGUAAACAAACAAAAGGAGGGAAGAAAAUCAGACGAUGUGAUUCUGUAAACAUGUAAGUUCUUAAGUCYAUCUGCAGAGGCAGCGAUGGAAGUUGUGCGAAAACUUCAUAGGAGUAAUACGUUCAUCAUAUGUGAACCUUUAGUUGCACUUAGGUUUUUUUCCCCCCGCAAUGAUUCCUCUAAACCAGACUGGGUGAGAGCCUGAAGCAUCCUCGAAUCACUUUUAAAGUGCAGCAUAAAAGUGUGUUUUCCAAUCACCGUUUUGUUUUGGUCUUUCAGCAUUUAGGAAUUUGUUCCACACACAAGUUUUAUGGUCCAAGGAGAUGAGCUCCUUUAACCAAGCCUG